AUCAUCACAAACCAUAUAGUAAAACCAUCAUCUCCAACUCCGCUUGCUUCCAAAAUCCACAAACUCUCAAUUCUUGAUCAAAUGCUAUCACCAAUAUACAUUCCCUUCAUUUUCUUAUACGAAAACAAUCAAUCUGCUUCGCAACAAGAAAUCUCCAAACGUCUGAGACAGUCUUUGUCGGAGACCCUAACCAUCUUCUACCCCAUUGCAGGCACACUCGUACAAAACUUGCACGUGGAUUGCGACGACACGGGUGCCGAGUUUGUCGAAGCCCGGGUUCAUGCUCCCCUCUCACACUUCACACAAAACCCUAAUUAUGAGGAAUUGGUGAAGCAGUUUUCCCCUACGGUGGACGGGACCGAAACCCGAAAUCUGUCUGUGAAGAUCAGUUUCUUCGAGUGUGGAGGAUUCGCCGUUGGCGUGUUUCUGUCGCAUAAGCUCGCGGAUGGGUCGUCUGCAGCGGCGUUCGUCCGCGCGUGGGGGGAGACCUGCCGCGGGGAAGCUUCUGGAAUCAUCCACCCCUCCCGUGGGCAGACACACUUAAGUGUCCACCCCUCCUUCGACAUGGCGCUCCAUUUCCCGCCCUCGCAAUCGCCUCGGCCCUUGUUGUAUCUUGGAGUCCCGAGAGAGAAAAUUACAACGAGAAGUUUGGUUUUCGACAAGGAGAAGGUGGAGAGGAUCAGGAAGCUGGAAGCUUCUAGAAGCGAGGUAAAGGAUCCAACUAGGGUGGAAGCCGUCUCCGCUCUCCUAUGGCGAAGCUUUGUUGCUGCGCAUAAAAAAGCUGGGACGGGAACUACUUCGUUCCCCGCUGUUCAUGCGGUGAACCUGCGCCCUAGAGUAGGGCUGCUGGAUCGCACCUUUGGGAACUGCAUCGUGGCAGUAGCUGCGGUUCUUUCGUCAGACGAAGACGAAGAUGUCGUGUCGAGAUUGAGGGCAGCUAUACGAGGAGUGGGCGAUGAUUUCAUUAAUGGGGUUAUGAAUGAUGAAAAACUGCAGCGAAUGCUGUAUGAAUUCGGUGAUAUAUUUCGUAAGCCGGGGAGCUGUUGUUUUAGCAGUUGGGUGAGGUUUGGGUUGUACGAAGUGGAUUUCAGUUGGGGGAAGCCAGCUAGGGUUUGCACCGGCUUUCCAUACAUGAAUCUAGUGUUGCUCAUGGACGCUCCGGCCGGAGACGGAAUCGAAGCGUGGAUUAAUGUCAGUGACGAACGUUUCUUUCAGAUGCUGCAAUCCAAUUGCGACAAGCUUCUUGGUGAAGAUGUUAUGGCUACUUGAUCAUGUCCCAAACUCACUAGUAUAUUGAAAUUAAAUGAAUAAGACUUUCAGGUUUGAUCAAUGCCCGUAUAUGUUUCUAAGCACACUUGGUGCAAUUAUGUAUUACUCCCUCCGUCCCCGAAUAAAAGUCGGUAAUUUCCAUUU